GUGUGUCGCUCCGGGAGGAGGCGGGUAAAAAUGUAAACACAGACAGAUCCUAAUGGAGUUUUAUUUUGUUUGGCAGCCUUCUAAAUUUUGUUUUGUCGCUGUUUUAUCGGAGGUAACACCGCAGAGCUGCUCUACGCUUGCGUCUCUUAACUGUUAUGUUUUCAAAUGACUCUAGGUUUAGAUAUUACUCCGCCGGCAGUUUGCUAUUAAAUGCUAACAAGCUAGCCUGUUAGCUAGCUAGCUUGGGUUACAGCUCAGCCUAACGUUACCAAAACCAAUAUAUUAAUGUAUGUAUACUAAUGUAUUAGCGUCAGUAAGUACUGAAACUAUCAGACGUUACUACCUACCGUAUCCUGAUGCAACUCGAUGGAGGACUACAACAAGUUUGUGCAGCAUCGUCUCUCCUGUCUGAGGACAAGUGAGGAGAAACACAACAAACCUCCACCUGCAUCCUCUCUCAUCCGCUUCUAUGGACAGCCCAUUCUUCCUCCUCUGCUCUCAGCAGAGCAGAGAGAGGAGAUGCAGCGAUAUAGAGAUGCAGCGCAGGAAGCUGCUGUCCGCACAAAGUUGAAGGAUGAUUCAAGAAUGGCCUAUGUGCAAACUAUCCUACAGAGUGUUCAGCUGAGGAAGACGCCAACAUUGGAGGAGUUGCUUCAAGAAUCGGAGAUUAACAUAAAGUCUUCAUAUUCCCAUAACAGCAGCAGUGGACCAGUGUUGCAAAGCAAUUUUUUCACGGAAACAAAGGAUAGUCUUUUGCUGUCACCACCACCUGAAAGGAGCAAAAGGGAUAGUGUUUCUUUUCCUCCGUUGACAUCAACUACAUGUAGUGCCUUUUUUGCCUCUGGUGCAACGCCUCAGCAAAGUUUCCAGCACAAAUGCCUUAUCGAACAACAUUACAGCCAACAGGAAUCACAGCCACGUUCCUUUAACGGUGCAAGCCACCAGUCAGUAUCUUCAAGUUACGUGACGUAUGAGAUUGUUGAAAACACCACGAGUGUCUCUGGAAGGACUGAUGCAGAGAGAGAGACCCAUAACUUUGGCUCCACAGAGGAAGCUGAUAAUAUGGGUGGCUUUUUCCUUCACAACACCUCAAACACAAUCGCCAAGAUGCCAGAUAUUAUUAAUCACCCUCCCAUAGAUGGAGAGGAAUUGGAAAGGAGUGGAGUGGAAUCAUCUUUUUGUAAUGAUUUUAUAGCAAAAGACAUUUGUUGCAUUUCGCAACAGGAGGAUUCAGUCAUAUUUGAGCAUUUAGAGAAAUCUGAAAGCAGUCAUCUAGACAGCACAGAGGGUGGAGACAACCUUCCCUUUACCACAGUACUUGACCUUGUUGAAGAGCACAGUUUGGACAGAAUUGGGGGCCCCGUCUCUUCAUCAGAAAACAGUGGCAUUUCAGACAGUCCAGAGUUAGCGCAGACAUUAAGCACUCAUCACAGUCCAGCUACAGAGCUGCACGUUCAGCACGACCCCACAGAAUCAGAAUCAGAACCAGGGGACAACCAUGAAGAAGCAAAGCCAUCUGAGGAGCCCUAUCGUAUGAGCCUUCAGGCCUUGCUUAAGAAAUCUCAGGAGUAUCGGCGGCGCCAGCGGAUGAUUAGGAACCAAGCCAAAACCCCUAAAAUCCAAGAGAGAGCAAGGGCAGAGGAACAGAGCCUCUCUGAUAAAGAGAAUGAUGAGUUCCCUCACAAGGGGACGGUAACCUCAGAGGGGAAGAAAACUAAAGAGAGGAGAGGCACCUUUAUCCCGUCUCUGGAAACGUCACCAAAGAAAGCCUGGGAAAAUGAGAGGAUGAUUGAGAGUGAAUUUUUUGUGGAAAAGACUAACUCUGAAUCUGAAAGCACACAUUUUAUAGGAGAUGGAAAUACUAAGGAAAUUACUUCUGUUGGGGAGGAAACAACCUUCAAAAAUCUAAACAUAUCACAAGAGGUCUUCCCAGAGCCUAUAAAUAUCAGUGCCGUGCCCCAGCAGCAGCCCACAUCGACAGAGACCUCACCUAGUCAGGAAGCCUUUUACCUGACCACCUGUCCCGCAGAUUUUUAUAACAGAGUGGGGAAAUAUAACACUAUCCCUGCACCUAAUUUUUGCAACAGUCCUGUGCGCUGCAAAAGCAAAGGCAGUAUCCAAGGAGCUCUCGAUGGGGCUGAGACCUCAAAGAGGAAACUUUUAGUUGAAACCAGUUUGAUGGAAGACCACAAGGUUGAAGAAUUACAAAACAGUCCCACAGCAGUUCCUUCCAUUGUGCAUCUCACGGUUGGAGGUGAUGUAACAAGCUUUUCAGCCAAGAGUUCACAGCACAUUGAUCAGCUCGAGUCCAACCUGAGUAGUCUGAAAAUGCUGAUCUCAGAUCUGGAGUCCACACUAACAGAAAACUUGAAGAAUCACAGCCAAACUGAGAGCAACAUUCAAAGUGAGCUCAGUUUUAAAGGCAUCAAGCACUCUCGCCAAAGUGAUAGCGACUAUUGGAAGGACAAACCGAGGGAUGAUGAUGAUAGCAAUGAUGCAGAGCAAGACCAAAGGUACGGAGAGUGGCCAAGAAGACAAUCAGACAAUUUGACGAACAUGCUUGAAGACACAGGACCUGAGCCCAGCACCAGUGACAUGGAUGAUGUUCCUCUUAAAGUGCAGGUAAAAGAAACUGAGGCAGUAAAUGUAAGUGAGCUCAGGCUAGUUAAAACCUUAGCUACAGAGAGAACAAAGAAAAGAGGAACAUGUAAAGAAGGACUUACAAAGAGUUAUGGACAACAUGGCGGCUAUAGAAAGCCCACAGCUAAAUCUCACCUCUCUGUAACACAGCGCCUGCGAAUCCCCGACAUAUUCAGAAAUGUUCCACCUUCAACCACAGCUUCAUGUAACACCUCAGUGCUUGCGGAUACCAGUAACCUUCCAGUGGAAGCUAAGAAUGACACAGAAGGUCACAACUCUACCCAGUCGCCAUCUCUCAACCAGUCGUAUGAUGUGGAUUCACCGUCUGGCCUGUGGUUCCUUGAAGGGUCGGAGUCAGACACAAGCUCAAAGGGUCAUCUUGUUGGAGAGAAACAUCUGACCCCAGAGAGUGGGGGUGAAGAUCAGGGCGAGGUAUCCAAGGUCAAACGGAGGCUGCUUAUGCAUGUGACAGAGGAAACACAGGAAAGGAGUGCAGAUGCCAGCAGAGGAGCAGGCUCUGUGGUCAGACCCAACUCAAGCACUCCUAGAGCUGCGGUGCAUUGGUGUGAAAGCCGCAGCAGUGAAAAAGACAAGCAGGAACAACUAAAACAGGCCCACGCUGCUCAGAUCAGAGCCCUGCAAGACGAGCACAAGAGACAGCAGGAAGAACUACUGCAGGCAUUGGCAGUGCGUUACCGUCUCCUCCAGAGCGUGUCCUUCCCUUGCUCCAUGUCAAGCUCACAUCACGGGGACACGUUGACCUUUUCUACUCUUGCACAGCCCUCCAGUCCACUCUCAGAGCGCUACCGCCCCCUGCUGUUGGCAGCCACGAAAGGCUUUCUAGCUCGCAGGCUGCUGAAGACGGAGAGAGUGGCGCAGCUGGUGCGCACCGUCAGGGACACACAUCAGUUCCUGCAGGCCCUCCAGCAGCAGAGCCCCGGCAGAGGCGAGCUCUGUAGCAGGCAGGACCUUUUAUUGCAGGAGAGAGUCGCUCUGCAGCUGCGCGCCGCACGUUACGAGAUCCACGACAUAUUCUUCAGCCUGUCAGCCGGAGAGAGGAUGCAGCUGAUCAGCUGGGACAGAGAGCUGGUCAGGGAGCGAGAGCUCAGACGACAGAGUGGAGACACAGGGCAUCCCAAAAGAAAGAGCUCUCUGUCAACUGCAACACAGAAAUCACUGGAGAGGAAGAGAGGCAUGAUGAUCCAGAAAAAGGCAGCAGAGAGGCACAAGGGAGCCGUGAUGAGGACUGGACACAAUACGGGAUUCUCUGCCGAGCAGCCGCUGGAAACCAAACGAGGACAGUUCAGAGCAAAUCCUCAGAGGGUCCCCAAGAGCACUUACUCCUCCAGACCCCGAUGACACUCUCCUAAUUGGCCCCAGUGAGGUCUCCUAAUAUGGCCUCUAGCGAUCACAUAAAUAUUGUAUAACUAAUCAUUUGAGAGUUUCCAAAUCCAAAUUUGACACGAAGCGAUGCCUGUUGCUGACGAAUAUAUUAUUGAAUUUCAUAUCUCGUGUGCUGUGCGAUUUUUAUUUUUUUUUUUAACACCCUACGACCAGGGUAUAAUAUAGUGAUGACAGUUCCACUCUUCCACCACAGAGUAGUUUGACAUUGAGUGGAUUCUCAGGUGGGGAUGAAACAUGACUGCAGCUGCUUUGUCAGUAAUAGGAAUUCUUUUCCAGGUCUGCUUCCAGUCUUUUUCACUAUUGUCAGUGUACUGAUGCACGAGUGGGACAAAUGUUGAGUUAGCAAAAAAAAACACUUUGCUCUGUGCACUGUGCCUGAAAGAUGCUGAGUUUAUGACUCUCAGCAGACAUUAUGACAUGUCGUAGCAGGAAAAGUACACGUGUAACGAACAACACUAAUGACAGCUCCAUUAAAUUUAGAUAUUCCAGUAAGUGGUUCUCAACCCAGGUCAUAAGGGGAUUAGUAGAGGAAAAAAUAAAUAUAGUAAAUGCGACACAAAUAGACUUUCUGGUGAAAUGUUGGAUCAUUUUAACCCCUGCUAAAAAGUAUUCAAAUAAAUCAAGGAGGAAGAGUUACUCUUUGGCAGACCGUUUAUAACUUGUAAGACAUGCAACCUGUAACCAGGCGUUACAAAUGGACAUUGCUUUGUUUUAAGGGGUGACAUGUUACAAAGAAAGCAUGUACUAAGCUGUGCUCAUAAGCCAGCAUGCACAAUAUCAGAUCCAAACACCUAACUGGAAUACAGCCAUAGUCAUACUGCUAUAUGUCAAAAUGUCUCCUGGCAAAAAGGGUCUGUUAACCAGGUAAUUAGUCCAGCUGUUUUGCGUGUCAGUGUUUUUCCAGCUGUCCAACGUUAAAUCUCUGCUUUUUAGGCUGGACUUCUGAAGUAUUUCCUUCAAAUGUAUGUGCCUAGUUCAUUGCAACCAUAAACACAUUAUCCUCAGAUGUAUUAGCACAUAUUGAGAUCUGCUAGUAUAAUAUUUGCUGGUAUAUUUUUUUAGGACAGUGUGUUUGCUUCUAUAGAAAUGUUAAUAUCCAGCUCCAGAUCUGUGUGUUAUUGCUAAUACUUGAAUGAUGUUACUCCUAAGUGUUGCCUUAAAUAUCUUUCCUAGUGUAUUGGGAUCACGUGUCAGCCAAAACGCUUGUAAACCUUUGGAUUUUUGUAUUCUUGGGAACUUUGGACCUGUUUUAUAUGUUAUUUAUUU